AUGGACAAGGCAGAUGCCGAAGGGCUGAAGGCGGCGCCCGUUCCGCCAGCGGUCAACGAGAAGCAGAUCGGCCUUGAUCCGCACGACCUCCCGUUCUGGAGGAAAUGCACCAUCACGGCUCUGCUCGCGGCCAUUACCUUCACAGUCACGUUUGGCAGCUCGGUCUUCUCGUCGACAUUCGCGGUCACGGCUGAAGAGUUCAACACCACCACGACGGUGAUGAUACUGGGUGUAUCGCUAUAUGUGCUGGGAUUUGCCGUGGGACCGCUGUUCUGGGGUCCGACAUCCGAGGUCUUUGGAAGAAAGAUCCCAAUUUUCACCGGUUAUGUUAUCUUCGCCAUCGUCCAGAUCCCAUUGGCGCUUGUCCAUAAUCUUGCUGGAAUCCUGAUCCUACGAUUCCUCGCAGGGGCGUUUGGAGCGGCACCUGUAGCAUUGGUAAGUGCCACGUACGCCGACUUCUGGUCGCCGGCGGCCAGGGGUACCGCAUCCGCAAUGUAUGCCGUUGUCUGCUUCGUCGGCCCGUGUAUGGGUCCGAUUGUCGGUGUUUAUAUUGUUGAGACCUUGGGUUGGAGAUGGACCGCGUGGGUUACACUGGUUAUGGCUGGCUUCUUCGGCAUUCCCGCUGUUAUCCUGGUCCCGGAGACGUACUUGCCUGUCCUAAGGAAGGAUCCCAAGCCAGAAUGGAAAACAUUCCUGUCCAAGUACAUGAUCCGGCCCGUCGCCAUGCUACGUCAUGAGGUUAUGCUGGAUGUCAUGACCAUGUACGCAAGUCUCGCAUAUGGCAUCCAAUACCUUUCGUUCUUCGCCAUCCCAUACAUUUUCCGCCACGAUCGCCAAUGGCCACAGUCCGCAGCUUCUCUACCGUUUCUAAGCAUGCUCCUCGGCAUCACAUCAGCAUCUGUCGGUGUCUCGAUCUUCUAUGCCAAAUGGUUUGAGCCACGAUUAAUCGCUCGCGGCAGAGUCUGUCCUGAGGAUCGACUCCCGCCCGUCAUGCUUGGCUCGUUCCUCUUGCCCGUGGGGCUUUUUUGGCUGGCGUGGUCGUCUGAUGAGCAUUGGAUGGUUCAAGUCAUUCCGAUCUUCUUUACUGCGCCUCUGCCAUCGCUGCCAAUACCGCGGUUCGAAGCGCCGUUGCCGCCGGACUACCAUUAG